UCUGGAGCCCAGCAGUCGACGCAUAUUGUAUUAUUUGUCUUUAAAGUCAGUGUAUGCCAAGUGAUGCUGUUUGUGAGGGCGUUGGGCUAGUUUGGCAAACAUUAUGCGAAAUGAUGCGUUUCUAUCACGAUCUACAUUAUAAAAUGCUAAACUAUUAAUGCAACUAAGUGUUUUAAAGAUUAAUACAAUGAAUGGCAUUGGGUAUAUCGCUUUAAACUAAUGCAUUUGUCAAUUGGCAUUGCUUGUCUUUUGCUGGCGAAUCGGAGACAUACAUCAAACUACUGUACGUACGUACGUAUGUAGCUAAUCUUUGUAGUCAUAUUGCAAUUUUAGUGCCAGACGUUGUACAUCACAUACGUCAUCAUCAUCCUCUUCACCGUGUUGGCGGUGCUCUCGUUUUGCUGAACAACGCCGAUGUUGGUGUCAGGUCGUAAGUCGAUGGCAUAGUCGUUGCGUCGUCGUGGUUUUGCACGGGCUUUAAGUCCCAACGGUUGCCGCCCAAACGCCCCAGUGGCACAGCCGCGUGCACACAACUUGCCACAACCAGUCAACCAAGGAACCAACCAACAAACUGGCGAAUGUUGCCAUUACUUGGCGUUGGCGCAUGUUGCUACUGCUACUGGCAUUGCUCGCGCCAUUCUUGUAUUCUUUGUUGUUAUUGUACUUGUUGUUGCUAUUAUUAUUAUUGUUGUUGUUGUUGUUAUAGUCGUUUCUGUUGUUUUGCUGGUGGUUAGCUGACUCCAAUCUGCCGCGCUCAGCUCAGCUCAACUCAACUGAACUGAACUGAACUCGAGUCGACUCGGUAUGCGACAUGCGGCAUAGCAUGCCACUGUUGUGAUUCGCUUCGACACACAUGCAUACACAUUCAUAUGUACAUACAUAUGUAUAUACGUUCACAUGAAUAUUUGUAUGUUUGUAUGUGGCGCAUGGUCGUCGCAGUCGUCGGCGCGGCCAGGAUAUUUAGAAAAGCACCAAGGAUAAUGAUUCAGUUUUGAUUUAAAUUCUGUUAGUUCGUCGUGCGACGUCUUGGCGUGUGGACGCUUCGAUACGUUUUCGUUUCGUUUCGUUCGAAUUUGCUUAUUUUUCGUGGUUAACAUCGUUUAGCGAAACAUUCCAUUUGAACGCAUUGUGCUUAAAGCAAUUUAACGCAACCACGUUAUCGUCGGCACCGUCGCUGACACAGUGCUAGUGUAACUACAGACGUAAUUGCCGUUUGUGUCUGGCCUCAAUGCGGGUUAUGGUGCAGUUGUGCGGGUGGUAGUAUUUAAUUGUAGCCUACAAGUUUGUUUAAAACACACGAGUCAGCAGCGCGCUUUCAAUUUCGUUGUGUUUAACUUGCGACGGUUGUUCGCCUACAAUGCAUACGCACUUGUAGAGUACUCGGAUUGUGACAUUGCUAUUUCCGCACAAACUUAAGACGGCAAAGACAAAGUGACGUUGGCUUUGAUAGCCACUUGCCUUGUUUGCUAAUGGACUAAGUGGAUUCUUAACAGUGUGGUGAUCAUGUGUACCGUGGACGCAUCUGCAACAUUUCGUUUCUUUGUUUAGUUACGGAUACGCGGCGCUUUUCGGCAAACAUGACAAUAUGACAGCAAAACGCGACAAGGAUUAUGCUAAAAGUAAAACAUCAACUGGAACAGGAUUUUCUGCGUCAGCAUCUACAGGAGCAGUAAAAUCAAUAGGUCUAGUCACAUCAUCACAAAAUGUAACAUCAUCUCAGGACAUUACGAAACGAACAAACAAGCCACUUAUGGAAAAGCGACGACGUGCACGUAUCAAUCAAAGUUUGGCCAUACUAAAGGCUCUGAUUUUGGAAUCGACAAAGAAUCAGUCAAAAACCACAGAUGGACAAACCAAACACACGAAAUUGGAAAAAGCUGAUAUACUCGAAUUAACAGUGAGACACUUUCAGCGGCACCGUAAUCUCGAUGACACAACCAUCAAUAAAUAUAGAGCCGGAUAUACGGACUGCGCUAGAGAGGUUGCACGUUACUUGGCCACGCCCGAACCGCCACCUUUGGGAAAUAUUCCUUCGCUGUCGGAACCGGGGUCAAAAGCGCGGCUUUUACGACAUUUGGACCAAUGUAUUGCUGAAAUUGACAUUGAGAUAUGCCCACAUUCCACAGCGACAUAUGCCGAUAGUCCAUCCAGCAGUUGUUACGAUAUCAACACUGCGCCAAAGAAACCUCAACCGGACGAUAACUCGUUGGACUAUAGCAGCCAAGACUCAAACCCAUUAGAUUUCAGUAAAGCCGCCUCGAAUGUUUUAACAUCCAAAGCAAAUUUUGUUAGUCCUACUGGGACGCCCGUAGCACAUUCCACAAAUUCACCCUGUUCGGAGCGCCUAGGUUCACAAGAUGAGAACAAUAAUCCCGAUGGACCUCAGGGUAGUGCAGGAUCAAGUAGAAGUGAUGCAAGUAUGCGGCCAAUGAUUUCUGCUGGCGAUAUACCGAACGUAAUCGAUAUCAAUGCUGUGCAGAACUUUGAAGAACGCAGUAAACUGUGUUCAAAUGUUUUGGACACAUACAAACAUCUUAAAGUAAAUGACCCAACAGGGAUCCUUGUACUUCCUCCACACUAUGUUCAAUUAGCAGCAGCCUUGGGUCUAAAUACCCAUCCUGUCAUGGAUGCAAUUACCACACGCACAGACUUCGAACGGCUGAUCGAAAUGAAUCACGUGCCUCCACUGUCAGCUCAAAUAGCCGGCAAACUUAGCACAUAUGGUUCUCUACCCGGUGCUUUAGAGGCCGCACAUGCCGCUGCUGCCUAUGCAGCUACUACUAUGGCUGCAAAAGAAAAUGGUAUGCCAGCUGCUAGUACAGCAUCGCCAGUGAUUAGUAACAUCAAUAUGGAACGUCCUGCCUCUGUGCUCUCUAAUGCAACUUCUGUUGCUUCAACCUCUGUGAGCUCGAUGACAUCAACCGAUUCGCAGAAGAAUGCCACACAACAGCAACAUCAGCUAGCCCGCUUAGACGCUAGUGCAAUAUCGACAGUAGAAGCAGCACAAUUGAACAUGGUUAGCAAUCCUCUUUCGGCAAAUAUUGCAGCUGCAGCAGCAGCAGCAGCAGCCGCCCAACACCAGUUGCAUCUACUGCGACCCAAUGAAGCUCUAGCACGGCAAGAGCAACAGCCGCAGGAUGAAAAUAUGUGGAGGCCAUGGUGAGCAGUGCAAAUAUGCAGAUUACUUCAAAUGCAGAAUUCAAAGCUUCAAGCGUGUGACAUUGUAAAUACCAAAGAUUUCUUAUAUAUAAACACUUUCAUAUAUUUAAAGUUAGAGACAUGUGUAAAUUAUAAACAAAUACGUUUUUGUUAAUAAUUUAAAGACGUUUCGUACAGUCUUAUAUAUUAUUAAUUGCAUAUAAUGUUAUAUUCUUAUCACAAAAGUUAAUCAGCGUUGUGCAUUACAUGAAAAUGGUAGGGCAGCACCUUGCCCAGGAACUCAUUUGGAUAAUUUUAUGUUCUUUUUAUUGCUAAAUUUUCAAAAUUAUAACAUACUUAUUAAACAGCUCGAAAGGUUAAAGAUUAGUAUGCACAAAACACAAUAAUUUCGAGUGAAAAUUAUGCCACUAAUUAUUUUCUUGAUGAGAAAUUUUAAUAUGCCUCUUAUCCCUUUGUUUGUUUCGUUGGCUGUGUAGCGCCGCCUUGUUGAGACCAAUGGUCGUCCACUUCAAUAUUCUCCAAUUCAAGCACGAAAAAUCAUAAUCAUGGCGUGCAUUCGGGUCUUCUCCGAUACUCUGCUUUAUAGCAGCGAUAUUUUUCGAUUCUCAUUUGGGCGAGUCUCUGAGGCAGCACGUUAUCCAGUCUGUUGAUAAUGAACCAGCAAACCAAAUUGUGUACAAAUCAAGUACCAGCUCUCAAAUAGACCAACUCCGAAAAAGCCUCAUUAAAAACCACACAUCUAAAAAGAAAACAGCCGUUACCUAAUAUAAAAAUUUCAAACUUCCGGUAAUACAAAAUGAUUUCUUUCCUACUGACUUAAAACCAUUUAUGUUGGUCAAUAAACUCGUAUACUCGUAUGUGACAUUUCAAUGAAAUGUAUAUGUUUUCUUAAACCUAAUGUGGCUUAGCCCUUCAUAUGAAUGAAACCGGCUUAUACCAUGGUUGAAGACCCUUACUCCCUAUAUAUUGAUAUAAGUUUCUCUAAUAGACUCUUUCCUCAUUUUUGCCGAAAAUAUUCAAUUUAGUCACCAAUAACAGAAGGUAUUUUUUCGCUUUUGAUCCCUGAAAAUUGCUAGAGUAUAAACAGUUGGUUCAACACGAACUUAGCACUUCAUGAUUUGUUUGUUGAUGUUUGAUUGAAUUUUUGUAUAACCUGGUCUUCUUAAAAUUAUGCCAAAAACGAUCAAAUGCAAAAUUCUAUAUAGUUCCACUUUUCUUGCAUUUGUUUCGCACAGUAUUCUCUUAAUCACAGCUAAUGUGAACAGAAAUUCGUACUUAACCUAAAAGCUUUAUUUAAUCUGAUGUCAACAUUUCGUUCGAAUCAGGGUAACUGAUUAAUUUCCUCUGCUUUCAUUAGCUAUCAACUACUUUUGUACAAGAUCAGCAAGAUCAGAUAAUCUAUGAUAACUGGCAAUAAUUAUGUGCUACGCGAUCGCAACAGAACUCUGCGUUACAGGGCAAAAAUAAUAUCUAUUAGGUUGUCAAUAAUCUCCUUUCCGCC